UUGCAGCGGUGCUUCUGCUCCUUCUCGCAUAUAUAUUCAAGGCUGUCGCAACGUUUUCAAAGUUAAUCCCAAAUCACCAUGCCAUCCCGGCGGUUCUCCACAUCGCCGCCGUCUGAGGUGGUUGCCGUCGACCCAUAUCCACCUUGUUCCCUCUUUUUUCUCGCUUUCCUCUGUUUUCGGAGACGCACCAGAAAACGCACUACCCCUUCUUCUGAUUCCGAGUCAAAGCCUCCGCAUCGCUUCUCCUACUCCUCCAUCCGCCUCGCCACCGCCUCCUUCUCGACCCGAAUAGGCCACGGCGGGUUCGGACCUGUCUUCUCCGGUGUUCUGCCUCCGACACGAAAGCCCAUCGCCGUCAAGCUCAUGGACUCUGCCUCUAUCCAAGGCGAGCGCGAGUUUCACAACGAGCUUUUCUUCGCUUCCAAGCUUUGUUCCCCACAUGUCGUCGUCGCGAUAGGCUCCGCCUCCGAUAGGAGUCACAGAAGAUUCUUGCUGGUGUACGAUCUAAUGCCCAACGGAAAUCUUCACGAUGCUCUGUUGCGACGGAAGAGCCUUGAGCUGAUGAAUUGGAAGAAACGUUUCGCGAUAAUUAUUGAUAUAGCUAAAGGAAUCCGUUACCUUCAUUCGUGCGACCCACCUGUGAUUCAUGGAGAUAUCAAGCCGAGUAAUAUUCUACUGGACUCUUCUUUCUCAGCAAAAAUCGCUGAUUUCGGUCUGGCUCGGUUGAAAUCGGAAUCCCAGUACGAUUUUGAUAUCUUCAGUGGAAUCGAUUAUUCGGGGUCUGUGGUGGAGGAAACAGGGAGCGUGAAUACUGGUUUUGAGGAGCAAACAGUAUCCAUGGUAGAAACAUCGCCGGAGACAGACUUCCCGGCCAAGGAAAAUUGCGACAGGGGUAAGAAGAACGCCGAGAGGUUGAAGAGCAGGUCAAUGAAGGAUUGGUGGAGGAAGGAGGACGAUGACAAGAAAAAGAGCAAGAAGCAAUUCGAAUGGUGGAGGGAGGAGUACCGCGAGAAGCUGGAAAAGAAGAACAAGGAAAAGGGAUUCUACAGUGAUGAGGAAGCAUUUGAUAGAGAAAUGAAGAAGAACAAAAGAAGAGGCAGGAGUAUCGAUUGGUGGUUCGACGGAAUUAGCCGGAACAGCCAUGAUUCUUUUAGCGGAGAAAUUCACAAUCCCAAGAGUGGAGGAAUCAGCAGUACUCCAAGUUUGAAAGGAACAGUUUGUUACGCAGCUCCAGAGUACAGUCAUGGCGGAGAAAUAACAGAAAAAUGCGACGUUUACAGUUUUGGGGUCCUAUUGCUCGUGAUAGUUUCAGGAAGACGGCCAAUUGAGAUGGUGAGCGGCUCGCCAUUGUCAGAGCUUCAAAGGGGGAAUCUAUUGUACUGGGCACGCCAUUGUGCGCGAAACGGGAAGCUUGUAGAACUGGCGGAUCAGAACAUGUGCAUGAAGUUGCCGGAGAAAGAGGAGGCCAUACUCUGCAUUAAAGUGGCUCUGCUCUGUCUGGUGAAGUCACCGUCUCGUCGACCUUCAAUGGAAGAGGUUGUGAGAAUGCUGGGCGGAGACAUGGAGCCACCGCAGUUGCCGACCGAAUAUUCAUCUUCAUCACCAUCUCCAUUUCCCCUCAAGUCUGGGAAAAACGCGCAUUGAAAUUCUUGUACGGAACGAUUUAUUGAAAAAGAAAUCAUUUUUUUCACCAACUUUAGUAUAGAGCAUGUUGAUUGCUGCUGAGCUAGGAAGCUCCUGCGCUUCAGAUUUUGUAAAUUUAUUAGGAUUUGAUGAGAUGAUUUUUUUACUGUAUUUUUUUGUCUUGAAAAAUUCCUUUCAUACAGAUGCCAACUGCUUGCAUGCACGCAUCUAUCUUGUACAUGCAAACAAAAAACGGAUUCUUCAGACUCAGAAAUCAAUUCUAUAAAA